AUGCGCGAAUACCUAGGCCAAGUGAGAGUCGGUCGUGCUAGCUUGCAAGAUGACCCUACUGCACGUCAGCGCUUGAUGGAAGAAUCCGCUUACAUGGUUGCCGCACAGCGCUGGAGACAUCAGGCAGAGGAAAUGACCCACCAUAACGUUGCAGGAUGGAAUACACAGCAUAUGAAGCUAAAGAAAUGGAUGUGGAACUGGUACCAGGCACUGAAGGAACGGCUUGAUAACGAGAUUCCUACUCUGGAAGAAGAAGAAAAGCUCGCACAGAGGCGUAAGCCAACUGACGGGGAUGCAAUUGGCCCUUUCCUGCGUUUGUUGUCAACCGAGAAGAUGGCGACUAUGACGAUCAGUGAGCUGUUGCGGUACGGCACUUCAGACGGCGGUGUGCGCACGGCGCGCACCGCAAUCACUCUGGGUCGAGUCGUGGAACAAGAGUAUAAUGCCGAGGUUGCACUGGCACAGAGGUCACGCGGGCCUGACCCUGUCGUUCUAACCUCUGAAGGCAGCCUGACCGAGCUCGCGGCGAUCAGGCAGCAAGCUCGAGAUUCAGAAGACUUUACCAUGGCGAUACCGCCAGACUGGACUCAAGUGAUCCGAGGCAGAGUGGGAGGAUUCUUAUUGAACGCGGUCAUUGACGUGGCCACCAUUACGAGGAGGGGCAUUCGUCCUUCGACUGGCGAGGAAGUAUCGGAAGAACAGCCUGCGUUUGCCCAUUGCUAUGAAUUCUUACAUGGGCGAAAGAUCGGCCUGAUUAAGUUCAACCCCGAACUUACUGAACAGCUCUCCUCCGAGCCGAUCAAAGAUGCACUCCAUCCCCGGCAAUUGCCUAUGCUCAUUCCUCCGCGCCCGUGGAUAGACGUUGAAAGGGGUGCAUACAUGUACUCGAGGACAAGUGUCAUGCGUUACAAGGAUUCUCUGGAGCAGUCCUCGUUUUUACGGUCUGCCUCGAGUGCUGGCCACCUGGAAUCCAUGUACGCGGCUCUGGAUGUUCUCGGCAGCACUCCGUGGACAAUCAACAGGCCCAUCUUUGAUGUGGUUAUUGCGGUGUGGAACUCUGGGAAGCAAUUCGCCAAGAUCCCGCCUGCUGGCCUAGAGGGAGAAGAUCCCGUCAAACCUGACAAUUAUGAGACAGACCCCAAGGCAAAGAGGGACUUUGUGAGAGCCAUGAGUACGAGCAUUCAGAAGCGUCAUGAGAAUCACAGCAUGCGCUGCGAUACCAACUACAAACUGGAGAUUGCAAGAGCUUUCCUCGGAGAACGUUUUUACUUCCCCCAUAACGUCGAUUUCCGUGGACGUGCUUAUCCUGUGCCUCCAAAUCUCAAUCAUAUGGGUGAUGAUCUUUGCCGAGGAUUGCUGACCUUUGCCGAUAAGAAGGCGCUUGGAGAACGGGGUCUGCGGUGGCUGAAAAUUCAUGCCGCAAACAAAUUCGGAUACGAUAAAGCCAGUUUCGAAGAACGUGUGACCUGGACCAUGGAGCACUUGGACGAGAUUUACGACAGUGCUAAGAAGCCCUUGGAUGGUCAAAGGUGGUGGCUGAAAGCCGACGACCCGUGGCAGUUCUUGGCCUCUUGUAUAGAGCUUCAUAAUGCGCUGGAGUCCCCUAAUCCAGCCGAGUUCGAAUCCUCCCUUCCUGUCCAUCAGGAUGGAACCUGCAAUGGUCUGCAGCAUUAUGCGGCUCUGGGCGGUGACGGCCAAGGUGCUCGGCAAGUGAACCUGGAUGUUGGUGACAGGCCUGCCGAUGUCUACACUUUUGUGGCAAACAUGGUUGAGAAGAGGCUUGACGAGGCAGCUGCCAAAGGAGACGAAAAGGCCAAAUGGCUCCAAGGCAGGAUUGCUCGCAAAGUCGUCAAGCAGACGGUCAUGACCACGGUCUAUGGUGUGACAUUCGUUGGAGCUCGUGACCAGAUCCGCAAGCAGAUCGAAGCUCUUCCGGGAGUAUCGAUAUCUGAGCAGGAGAGCUAUGCCAUGGCUGUCUACGUGGCUAGACUUACUCUCUCCUGCAUCGGUGAUCUGUUCGGCGGUGCCAAAUCCAUCCAACUUUGGCUCAACAAGGUCUGCGCGCUGAUCACCAAGUCCAUCCCUCCAGAGAGAAUCGACCUGCUGCUCCGUGACAAGGAAUAUGCCGGAGAAGUCCGAAACGCGCCUAUGAAGCGCACUUACACUUCUCUCGUCAAGGAGCAGAUGACAUCUAUGAUCUGGACGACGCCGUUGGGUAUGCCGGUGGUGCAGCCCUAUCGCAAGCAAGCGAAGAAGCAGAUCUACACUUCCCUCCAGUCAUUGUUCAUUGCUGAUCCUAACCUGCCUAUGGAGGUCAGCUCACGCAAGCAAGCAUCGGCCUUCCCGCCCAACUUUAUCCACAGCCUCGACGCGACGCACAUGAUGCUGACCGCCCUCGGAUGUCGUGACAAGCAGCUCACCUUCGCCUCAGUGCAUGACUCGUACUGGACACAUGCUGCCAGUAUUGACGAGAUGUCCGCCACGAUCCGGGACACCUUUGUAAAGCUGCACAGUGCGGAUAUCCUUGGGAACCUGCUGCUCGAAAUCCAACAGCGGUACAAGGAUUACAAGGUCCCCGUGAGCUUGCUCACCACGAUGCAUCUGACGAGGCCUAAGCCCACUAUGGCCGAGGCCGAAGAGGAAGGGGCCGAAGAAGAUGCCGACGACUCCCCUGGUAACUGCGUCGCUCUGAACGUUGCACGUAUCUCGAAAGAGGACCUUGCGCGGAUGACGAGCUCGGAAGAGAUUGACCUUGACAUCGGGAAGAGCGGGGCUAGCUCUGACGAGGCUGACGCGGAGGCCGAAGUGGAAGAAAACGGUACAUCCAAGAAGCGAAAGUACGCAACACGCAAGCUCAAGCCGCUCAAAACACGGUUUGUCAACCUCAUCGAUAUCAUACCACCUGUGCCGUCCAAAGGCGAGUUCGACAUCCAAAAAAUCAAGGACAGCUUGUACUUCUUCUCCUAA